AUGAGUGCCACCACGCAAACCACGGAAGCUAGAGGGCCUGGCUUGUUAUAUGUUAAUUCGAAAAUCACGGACCCCGAUAAAUUCUCUGCAUCGGUGUUUAGACAAUGGUACGAGAAAGUGCACAUCCCUGAUAUUUUCAAGACGUCAGGUAUAAAGUCAGCAUACCGGUAUUUCACGACCAGUAAUAGCAGCACGCCGGUUGAUCGACCAUACCUAGCAUUAUAUCCCCUAAAGGAAGUCGGAUUUCUGCAGACAGAUGAAUUCAAGGCGAUCCCUGUUCACAGUGACCUAGUACCGACCCCGACGAAAUGUAUUUUUGACGUUGCGGACUUCGACACCAGGUACUACGCCAAUGUGGAUAAAGUAGAAAUUGGAAACGACGCCAAUAGUAAUGAUGAUCCUCAACCAUACCUCACAACUGUUCAAUUCGAUGCCCCCGUCGAGCUACGCGACGCAGAUUCUAAGGAGGUCAGUUCAUGGUAUCUCGACAACAACAAGCAAGGCGCCAGGCGGGUGCGAGUGUACCGACUUUAUUUCGGGCGGCAGAAUCGUAAUGCACAGGAACAUAACAACAUAGCGACACCGCCCGCAUUCUUGGCUGUGCAUGAAUUUCCAUCAGAGGAUGCGGCAAAUGCGUUUGUGGGGAACGUCAACGUCAAGCAGACGAGGUCUGGAUUCAAACUUCUCAAAGCUUUUGGCAAUACCAAGCACAAUUUCUGA